CAGAAUCAUAUUUGUGGCUCUGGUUUCUCCAUCCAAACAAAAACAACACCCAAACCUUGUCCACACCAAAAUGUUAAACUCAAAAUCCAACCACACACACACAAUUUCUCUUCCUCUCUACCAUUAACAUCGAUCAGAAAGACCGAGAGAGAGAGGGAGAAGCUGAUUGAUUAUGGCUGCUGCUUCGAUUUCUGCAAUAGGAUGUAAUCAAACUUUGAUAGGAACUUCCUUCUAUGGAGGAUGGGGAAGUUCCAUCUCCGGAGAAGAUUACCAAACCAUGCUCUCCAAGACAGUUGCGCCACCGCAACAAGCCAGAGUCUCAAGGAAAGCAAUCAGAGCAGUUCCAAUGAUGAAGAAUGUCAAUGAAGGCAAAGGCUUAUUUGCACCUCUAGUUGUUGUCACACGCAACCUAGUAGGCAAGAAGAGGUUUAAUCAGCUCAGAGGAAAAGCCAUUGCCUUACACUCUCAGGUGAUCACUGAGUUUUGCAAAUCGAUUGGAGCAGAUGCAAAACAGAGACAAGGGCUUAUCAGGCUUGCUAAGAAGAAUGGAGAGAGGCUUGGUUUCCUUGCUUAGGUCUUAAAAAGAACAAAUCUUUCUCUCUGCUUGUGUCUGAUAUAUACACUCACAACUCCUCUUGUUGUUCUUGUCUAGAUGUAUUUUGUCCAAACCUAUAAUCUUGAUUUUUGUUACAUUGCCUUUGAGGGUUACUCAAACACACAUAACUGCUGCCAUUCUCAUCUGAAAAGUUGUUCAAUAAGGUCUUAGCUGAACUAGUUUUCUCAGUCACAUAGAGAUACAAAAUAUGUAAUAUUGCCACUCUUUCAACAGAUUAAAAAGCCUAAUCAUAACUCUCAAACAAUUAAGGGAUUGAAAAAGACUGUAAGUUUUGCUUUCUAUUGAAGCAUCCCUAAGAUCGGAGAGGUAUUGAGAGCUGCAGUUUUUUAACACCGUGAGCUUACACUGAUUACUUCAAGACCCAAGUAAGAUUGCAUAAUAUGUCAAUAAAGUUGUCAUCGUGGAAACUUGAUAUAUAUGGAACUUUACCUAGACAUUCUUUAACACAAACUCUGUUUCUGCUAGCUAAGCAUUCGUUCCCAAAGGUUUCCAGGAGGUUGACUUGUUGCCAGUUG